AUGGACAACAAUCGGAUCAAACUGUUAGUCGUUUUCGGCAAAGAUGGCGAAGAAGUGAUUGUCGUCACCACCGAUGACAUCGUCUACGGCUUCGGUGCCAACCGUUUCGGUCGAUUGGGUCUCGGAGUGAGUGAUGCCAUCGAAAGACCGCAACUGAACGCCACUCUCACCGGAAAGAAGAUAAUGAAGAUAUGCUAUGGUUUGGGACACUGUUUGGGACUCACGAGUGGCGGACAGUGCUAUGGAUGGGGACAUAACGCGAGCGGACAAAUCGGCAUCGGGUCUAUGAGUGACACUCCGACCCCUCAACCAAUCAAAAUACUUAGCAGAAGAUUACAACUCAAACCAAUUGAAGACAUCUCAUGCGGUGAUAAUCAUUCACUAGCGCUGACUAGAGACGGCCUUAUCUACAGCUUUGGGGCCAACGAUCGGCGCCAAUGCGGCCAAAGAGAGGGCAAAUUGGUUUGGGUGCCAACGAAAGUGACACUUAAUGUCAAGUUUGUGUCCAUCUCUUGCGGUCGUAACCAUUCAUGCGGUCUCACAGAUAGGGGAACAGCCUAUGUGUGGGGCAGUAAUGACUGCCAACAGUUGGGUCCCGAAGCGAUGGUAGUCGCCGGUCAGACGUACGCCAGUCCUCACGCUUUUCACGGCCACAAUGACCGUGUAUUUCAACACGUGAUGUGCGGACCCGACCACACAGUACUGAUGACGCCGACGGGUAUUAUUCGUGUGAUUGGUUGGAAUGAAUGGAAAGCCGAUCCCAAAAAUGGUUAUUUAUUUAACGCUAUUAAGGUUCGCAAGAAUAUACAAUUCAAACGCAUUGACACCACUUAUGACAAUCGGGUAGUGAUUGUGACCGAACCGGACGGACAGCUCUGUAUUCUCGGCAAAGAGAAACGAUGGCCGACUCGUACUCCCAUUUAUAUACCGAUCGGUUGUUCACUGUUUGACGUUUGCGCCAAAUAUUGCGGUCAUAACCGGACUUUCGCAUCGAUUGUGGAUUCAAUUGAAACGUCGAUAUCAUUGAUGGAAAGCUGUUCCCAAAGCGAUGAAGAGAUCUAUUGGUCUGACGGAGAAGAAGAAGUUGAUGUCAAAGAUGAAUCAAAUGUGGAUAUCUUUGCUGAAAGUGAUGACGAGAUCUAUUUCUCUGAUGCCGAAGAAGUGACUGACAAACAGACGAGUCAUUUGCAAACACAGUCUUUGCUGUCAUCACAUUUUGGUGCACAUAAUGGCAACGAUAAUGCGAUGAAAUCCAGUUUAUGUCUCACUGGAUGUGGAGAUAAUGCGGGAACCGUUGAUCUAAAUGCCACCCAUUGUAUUGAUCCGAUUAUAACUUGUUUUCAAAAGCAUUUGUUUAAGUCGUUUGACAAUCGAUUGGACUUUGAUAUGAUAUUUAUUGUCGAAAACAAAGCGAUUUAUUGUCACAAAACUGUUCUCAAGAUUAGAAACAAAGAGUUUUGGGAAAUAUGUGAACAAAAUAUGUUUACCGAACGGGAGAUCGAAAUCAACGUCUAUUCUUAUGACACAAUUAAAGCGUUUCUCAAGUUUUUGUAUGGAUUGCGACCCGAAGUGAAUGACCAGAACUGUCAACAACUGUUAGGUUUGGCCGUAGAGUACGGCGAACGCGGACUCAAAGACAUGUGUUGUCAAUACUUAUAAAUUCUAUUAAUUUUAUUAAAAUUUUUAACUUAAGUUUU